AUGCAACACCAAGCCUUUAUCAAGAGAGAAUUGAGGCACAUAUGCAAUAGUAAGUUCAUUGCCGGUUCCCGUCGAAUAGCAAGCAAGCAGUCUUCUUUUCACAAGAGCUCGCGGCAGUGCCAAUCCUGGCCUCGUGGAGUGUAUACGCUCUCAUGA